UUUCCGAGUCUACUGGCAAGUUUUCUUUUUGUGACUCUAGUGAUUCAGAAAGGGAGAGAAAAGAAAAUGGGUCGAAACAAGAAAAUUGUUCCGAACAAAGAGGAAAAGCCUCAAGACACAAACGCUACCUUAGCGAAGGUUGUUGAGCCAGAAAGAGUGGAGCUACAACCUGAAGCUAUGCAGAAAGUGAACUUGCGUCCUAAACAAGCGAAGUCUGGAAAAGCAUCUUCUCAAAACAAAGGAGCAAAAUACCAAACUGCUUUUCGUAGACGAUCUGACCGAAUUCAAAACAUGGCUAUGCCUGCUAGAAAUGAGGAAAUAGAAACUGUGGUGAUUGAAGAUGUAAAUCUUAAUGAAAGUGAACCUGCAGUGAUUGAAGAGAGAACUCUUAAUGAAAAUGAUAAUGAUGAGCAAGAUGCUAACAUGGAGGUGAAUGAAGAAAGAACUCUUAGUGAAAAUGAUAAAGAAGAUGAGCAACAUGCUAAUACGGAGGAAGAACAGCCAGAGCAAACCUCGAGCAAGAAAGACAUGGAAGAAAAAAUUGACCAUCUUGUCCAACUGUUGGAAUCCCAAGGAAAUGCUGUAGAGACAUUAAGCAGGCUCCAUAAAAAAAGGUCCUUCUCAAGUGCCAAUUCGAAUAUGACUUACAAAAGCUUGUAUGUAGACUCAGAAAAGAAGGUUGAGGCUUUGACGAAAGAAAAUCGUCAGCUUUCUUUGAAGUUGGAAGUUGCUCUUGCAAAACUUGAAGCACAAGAGAAAGGAACUCUUGUGUUUUCUGAACUGGCGGAGAAGAUAAAGGACACCAUGCUUAUGGCAAGUUUGACAAGAGCUACUGAAACUGCAAUCACCAUGACAUGUGAAGCAAUACGGAGUGCUAUUUUUUCUCAAGAUGUUGUUGGAGGACCUGGAAAUACUGCUAAGAGAAAUAGAGCAAAUGAAAGGAAAUGAUGUUAACCAGUUUAGAAGUAGUUUUGAGAAAUGAAACAUGUUAGGGAUUGGAAUGUUAGAAUAUGUUUCCUUUCUAGCCUUUUUGAUUUUUCCCAUUACUUUCUAUGUUCUUUUAGGGAUCUUUUUACUUUUCUUU